UUCAAAGACAGAAGUAGCAUAAGCGGCAAGGUAUGGAGCUAAGCAAAGUAGCAAUUUGAGAUCAUGGCAUAAUGCUAUGGAACAGCAGGAGCUGAUCACAAAACACAGCAAGAGGGAAAAGAAACCAUCCCCCGGUUCACAUAGGAGACGAAUAAGCGCAGCGAAACGCCACUCGGAAGAGAGAAGAGACGCUCGGGAGCAGGUUGACUUGUCCCUGUGUGAAUGGGAGCCAGAAAACCUUGAGAACUCCGAACCGAGCAAUAGCUUCUUCCUCGACAUGGACAUGGAGGAAGAGAAAAUGGACCUAGACUUGGAGCUGGUGCCGAGUUCAGCCACCACAGACGACAGGCUGAGAAGAUCCAACAGUGCCCCUUUGAUCAGUGGGCUUGGUGAUAAUUCACAGGUAUUCCAAGCUGACACAGUAACACCUAGAAGAAAUAACACAACGGUUAUGACACCACACUGUCUGGUCAGUGUGAAACCACUGAAGAAUUCUAAGUCUGUGAUUGACAUGACCAGAUUGGCAUCUCUGAAAGAUUACCCAGGCUGCGGAACGUUUUUGCCACCUUCUUCCAUUCCCAUUCCCAUUCAUACUUCCUUUGGUCGCCUUCACCAAAUCAAGCAGGAAGAAAGCAUGGAUUUAGUAAAUAGAGAAGCAAUGCGUGAAUGGGAGGUACAAACUGCAAUACAGAUAAAUCAGUCUUGGGAAGAAAGUUUGAAACUGAGUGACAAUGAUUUAGAGAAACCAUCUUCAAAGUGCAUUGAUUUAAUUCCAGUACCCCCAGCACCUACUCCCACCAGGGGGAUUGACAAGCAAUAUUUUUCUCCAUCGUUGCAAACUUGUGUGAGUUUUCCUCCAAGUCCUAAUCCCAGCCCUACGCAACAGUUUCCAGUAAGAAGAAAUCAAAGCCCCACCAACAUUAUUAGACCAAGUAUAUUUGGAGCAUUAAAAAGAAAAGUCACAGGUGAAGUGAUAGCCAAAGAUCAGCCCAAGAGAGUUUUCCAAGGCACAACCGACGUGCUUUCUCCCAAUACUGAUGAGAGUGCUUGGGAGAAGAGCUGGCUUAGUCAGAUAUAGAAUCUUCCCAGUCUGCUCAAGGCAUUGCCAAUCAAAUAGCCUUCAUCUGAAACAUCAGAUCUGUAGAUUAAAAUAAAAGAAGGGCACAUG